AUGCCGUUCACCGACGUUCCCCCGUCCUACCACUCCUCCACGACACAAUCACCGCUCCCGCUGAUCGCGCCAUACCUCUCCUCCUCGACCCUCACAUCCCUCUGCCUGGUCUCACGCCAUUUCCACACAAUCUUCGUUCCCUUCCUCUGGGGCGAUCCGGCUUCUCACUUUGGCACCGCCAACGAUGCUGUCUACAUCGCCCUUACCCGCUUCAAGAAGACCUUGCGUAGGGCGCGUAUCGAGACAAGGGCUUUGACGCACACGCUGCACCUACCACCGGCACUCAGCGAAAUCUACGGCGGUCCUCGACCAAGCUGGCUCCGUGAUGUACUCGAAGGCUUGCCAAAUCUGCAGAGCCUCGUUGUGGGUGGGCUGCCCUUCUUCGAUCAUGGAAGUCUGAUGGCGUUACGGGCGAGGAUGGUGCCGAGGCGUGAUGUUCAUGGAGAUGUCAUCGAGGGACCAGGAGUAUGGGAGGACGGCUAUGGUCUGAAGCUACUCUUGGCGAGCAGCGAGCCGAACACCACGAGCGUGGGCCUGAAACAUGCUCUUCGCAGAUUUCCGUACCUGGUCUACCUGGAUCUGAGCUUCACCAAAAGUGCAAAGGAUGCAGGCGUCUUGGCUGCUUUGGGUGGCAUGGGAGAGCUGCAGGCACUCAAGUUGCAGGGCGUUGGCCUGAGAGACCCUGAGCUAGAAGUCCUAGCCAACUCGAUCGGUGUCAGGGUCAGGUUGUUGGAUGUCAGAGAUAACGCUUUGACCGAUAUGGCCGUGCGCAGCCUGAUGCAGGCCUGCUUUCUGGGCUAUAGCAGGCAGCAGCCGCGGAAUGGGGUUGAUCGGCUGAACACCAGACGUGUCGAGGAUUGGCCUGUGGGCAUGGCACCAGGACCCGACUUCUUCAGCCUCGAUGCUCUGAGGAGUGAGGAUCUCGAUAUGGAACUAUUGAAGCAGUUGACGAAUCCACUGACGGGCCGACUGGCGUUCGAGGACAUUCCUCAAGGUGGCCUCACUCAUCUCUACAUCUCGGGGAACAAUUUGAGCGUCGAGGGCCUAUCAAGCCUGCUGAAAAGCCAAAGGCUGCAUCUUCUGGAUGGAGGGAGUGUUGAUGCGGUCAAGACAAUCUCGAGGACAAGAAGUCUUUCUACUGCGACAGGUUACGUGGACGAAGUCAGGUUUCCAGGGGCAGAAAAACUCGUUCCUGUACUUGUGCAGUCGGCGAGCAAGAACUUGACUUACUUGAGAGUCGAUCAUGCCGUUGUUACAGGUCUCUUCGAGCCGCCGGCGGCCGCUGAGAAACGGGCCACCAUCGUCAGGACGAAAAGAUCCCCUCGACCGUCCAUUGACGAGCCCGUCUCGCCUAUAGCAGAAGUUGCUGGCGACCGACGACAUGCCGCAGAAAUGGGCGGAGACGAACGACAUGUUGCAGAGAUGCCAGCGCCAACGGCGUACGCCGUGGAGCUGCCUUCAGAUAAUCACCCAAUUUUCGAGCUCGAUGCCACGCCAAUGCAACCGAGGCAGAGCUUCCAGCCGAAAGACAACCAGGCACAUCCAGAACCGGACAUCCAGGCACCAAUCCGUGGUGAAGGUGCCUUUGCUCCUGAGGUGAACUUGGAGGAUCACGACGAAUCCGCGCACGUGAACGGCAAAUGUCCGACUGCUGCCGUGGCUCAUCACACGCACGAUGUAUCGGACGAGAGCUCCACCAACAGCACAGGACGUUCGAUCCUCUCACCGGUAUCUCCCAUGACGGCUCGUGGCACGCAUUUCCAAGGAUUUCCUCAUCCAACAUCUGCACCAGGUCAACCCUCACCUCUGCCGAUCGCGACACCUACACAAUCUCCGCCAGUUACAGCUCGAGGAAGGCAGGGCCCACAGCAAAACGGAACGCCUGCUACGGCGACGACGUCACGGGCAAGUUCGCCCUUCCCCACCCCGUACAGCCAGCGACAAGCGCGAAUCGAGUACCUGCUCUCUUUUCGACCUUCACAGCUUCCACCAGCAGGAACCGCCGAGAUCAGUGCACCUUUCAGCCUCCACCCGUCACAUCUACCAAACCUUCGCACUUUGGUGCUUACAUCCGUCCCAUUGACAGUCCCGGAGUCAUCACCUGUCAUACCACGUCUCAAGGCUUUCAUCGCUGCCUGCGCCGCGGAAUCUGUCCUGUCACGCCUACAUGCUGCUGUUGACUACUCACUACCACCCGGGAAAGCCCGAGCGUUGGCAGAGAAGGCAGCCGCCAAACAGCUAUUUGCACUUCAGACCAUAGUUCUGGAACUGGCUCAGGCACCAGCGAUCACUCAGAACAAAUCUUCGGUGAACGGGAACGGGAAUCGAGCAUGGCAAUCCGGGCAACGCAAUGCAGUGAACAUGUCCAAAUCAUCCACGGGCGAUCGCGACUCCGAGAAUCUUUGGUCCGCCGCAGCGGAUGAUUUCAGCUUCUUCGCUGAAGGCGGUGGUGAGGAAGAGGACGAGUGUGGAAUAUAUGAGCAUGAGAAGGAAAAAUACUUCUCGAGUGCGGCGGUAUGGGAUGACAAGGUCCUCCUAAGCCCCGAAGACGCGGAGUCCGCUGUUGGGCGGGACAGCCCUGUACAUGGUGGCGGUGCACCUGGAGGAAGGAAUGGAAGUGGCCAAUUGAGCCCGGUUCAUGCCAUUACUCGGGGAGCAACUGUGAGUGGAGGCACAAACAUGUGGAAGAGUCCGAGAGACCUGCCGAUGGGAAGGAACAGGAGACUAAGCAACGAGCCGGCGGCUGGUAGACGCAGCUCGUCCCGUGAUGGAAGGAGCAGUUUCGACGGCGGCCACAAUCAACGCCCCUUCGCGAACUCUGGCAUCACGACAGCAGAGUUGCCUGGCACGCUGCCAAGUCCAGAGCUCCAACAUCGACGAAUCCCGUCGCGCCCAACAUCCCACCCUGCGAAUUAUGCCGCCAACACCAACAAUCCCUACGGCAUAUCUCCCCCCUCACCAGCCCUCACUCCAGUACAGUCCAAUCCGGAACCGGAGAAACAGCUCGAUACUAUUGCUGAGCUGUCCGCUUGGCGGCGCGAGCGUAAAGCUGCGUACGAGGCCGAGAUGCUGAAGUACCGGCGUUUCAAAUCCGGACUGAGGAAGGAAGACGCGGAAGGCUUGAUCGAGCCGUUCGUGGAGGGCUACUGGAGUGGCAAGAUCGAAGUCGUGAGAGUGAACAAGAUGGUGGGCGGGAAAUUGGGAAGCAGUCAGAAGUGGAUGGUGGAUUACUAUGGUAAUCGUUUCAGUGGGUUCUUGUACCUUGAUCUUGGCAGUAACCAGGAAUGGAGGGUGUGA